AUGCGGAGGCCUGACGUUGAUUCGAAGUCGGUGGAGGAGGGUUCUUUUCUGCUGGUGCACAUCAAUGACGACAAAUUCGUUGGAGGACUUUACUUUCGUUUUGAAGCUGGUAUAGCACAGUCUUCCUGCCCUCGGAUGUUUAGUCGAAUUUCCCAUAAGACAGGUUCGUGGCGCGAAGCAGCAGCACGCAGUGGUCAGGAGGCAGGAGUUACGACGAUGUAA